AUGACUGAUACCGAGUCACAGGAGAGCAUCGACAUUAAGCUUUACACAUAUGACAAUAAUGAUGUCAUCGUGUUGAGAGUGAAGUUAGAUGACACAAUCGGGAUUCUUUUGGUCCAUGCUGCCGAUCACAUUCCAGAGGGUGCUCGGGUACGUGUCGUUUAUAAUGGCCGAACGUUGCAGCUUAGCGCCACCUUCCAAGAGUCCAACGUUCUCGAUGGAUCGGCAUUACACCUCGUAGCAGCCGUGAUAGACGAGUCUGCUGCAUCACAGGAAGCAGGCUCCCGGCAGCCCCGGAUAGGAGUCUACAGAGGUGGUCUUGAGAAGCACCUCCAAGCUGGGGUAGAGCGCCAGGAUGUAAUAGGUCUACGCCUGAUUUUCUUGGCACGGGCAGGCUUUUUGACCUCUGAGCAUCUACAAAUCCUUUACACAAACACAGACCUUAUAGAGCAGCCCCGGGGUUACACGCAGCCGUCCAUUUCACGAAUCCGUCUCUUUCUGAUUAACGCCCUGCAGGCAUCUGCAUCUGCACCUGCAGACGCCAGCGACCAUGCUAGUGAGAGUGUCAAUGAGACCCCCAAUGGCGCAACUCGUGGUGAGGCCAACCUCCCCCUCGAUGUACGCCAUCUGUAUGUGGAGCAGGAAGAGCCAGACCGCAAUGGAUACUACCCACCAGAAUUCAUCUCCAAUUCGUCCUUUGCCCUGAUGAUGCUUGAAGGCGGCUUUCCUCCUCACAUUGCACGCCAGUUUCUCGGCAUAACGGACCUCAGCUGGAUUGACGAAACCAUCCCUUUUCCUACUAUGCCAUUGCGCGUCAUUCAAUGCGAGAACCUGUGGAUGGAAAACGAGUCUCCGACCGCCACUAUCACCACUGUGGCGACGGUGAACAACCUCUUGGGGCCUGGGACCCCAGUGCAGCCCCCCACAAACAGGGUCAUGAGUGACUUCCAUAAGUUCAUGCUGCUUAUCUUUGGAUUGCUUGUUGGUUUGAUAUUUAAUGUUCUCGUUCUGGUCUAUGUCUAUCAUUCGGGAGUCCCUGCCCCAAUGCGAAUGGGGAUUGUAUUCGGAUUGAUUGGCAGUAUUAUUUUUUCUCUUUUUAUUAAUAUUGCCAGUGGCUUCUAA